UUUGAAACACCUGGAGAUACUAUUGUUAUGUCAAUAAACGCGUCUCAUGUAAAUCAGCUUCUGUUGGUUUCGGGAAUGCCAACCUGCAGUCUGUGGCUUAGGUGUACAGGCGGAAGCAGUUUUCGGGGUCAGCAUGAAGAGGAUUUGCCUAGCGCCUUGCGGGAUGUUGCCUCUCCGGUUGAGGCGGAACGAGUGCCUGCUGUUGUCGGUGUACUUGGUGUGCGUGCCCCUGCUGGUGACGCAGUUCUGGCGGGAUGAGGCCCGGUCCUACCGCACGCCGAGGCAGCAGGGUGGGGAGCUCGACACGGCCACUCUGAUGACAGUAGAGCACAUCACCUCGGGGGUCCUUCCCAAACAUAACAGAACGCAACAUUUAAAAGCAGCCGAAGCUACCAACGUGUCGAAGGAGACCGUAGGUCCCAGCGACAUCUUUCGGCAUGGCAGUGUAUUCCAGACCAACCGCACUCUUGUGGACACACCAGAGGACCUUCUCAAUUUCUUCAACACCCUGGAGUCCAAAACAUGGAGGUUAAGCAAAAAGGGAGUGACAAGAUUCAGACAAAAGCUGGAGGAGAAAACCCAGACCAGCGAGCUGAUGGUGCUCACUAGGCGGAACACGCGCCCAAACACCAGUAUUAACUUUGCUAAGGCUCCAAACGAAAGCUUCCACAUAUCGGAACAAAUCUGGAAAAAUCAACCACAGGAUGUGCCAUUUUACGACGAGGACCAUGUGAAAUGCAGCAUCGUUGGAAAUAGCGGGAUUUUGAAGGGGAGCGGAUGUGGAAAAGAAAUUGAUGAGUCGGAUUUUGUCAUAAGGUUUAACUUUCCCCGUGUGAGUCGGCCGUACGUGAAGGAUAUCGGCAUCAGAACCCACCUGCUGGCCUGUAACGCAGGGAUCAUCGACAGGAAUUUUAAGAGGAUGCACAGCCUGAGCAGGAACUGGCUGCAGAAGUAUCAGAGUAUUUUCCGCAUCGGCAAGUUUGGGAAGAGCACGUUACUGGCCUUCCCCUUCAUGGUCCCCGGGGGACAUCAGCGCAGAGUCGUCAAGAUGCAACAAGUUAUCCAAGCACAGAGAAUCAGCAACAAGGUUGUCUUGAACAAUCCGCUGCACCGACAACUAAUGUAUAACUUCUGGAAAUCAAGGGGACUUCAAAGCAGGAGCUUAAGUUCAGGGUUCUAUGUGAUCAGUGCAGCCCUGUCCUUCUGUGAUGAGGUCAUAGUUUACGGAUUCUGGCCGUUCACCCAAGACCGUGUGGGGCGGCGCCUGCGGUACCACGCCCCGGCACAGGCCACCACCGUGGACGCCGGCAGGACGAACCCCUGGCAUCGCAUGGACCAGGAGUUCUUCAAACUAGCGGAGCUGUACUCGCAGGGGAUUAUUAAACUGGUCACCAAACCCUGCGUAAAGCCACCGGCGAAAAGGAAAAAGACAAAACCAAAGAAAUGAUACCUCUAGAGUAGAAACAUUUUCGGAUGGUAUGCCUGUGUCUUGGGAUUGUGUUUAUUAAUGUCAGAAACUAAUGUUUUGUACUAAUGUUUUGUACGUUAGUACUUAGUUGGGAGGGUAUCCUAGAAACUGUUCAACAAACAUAGAAGUCUUCUUAUACUUUAUAAUAAAGUAUGAAAUAAUAA